GCCAGCCCUUCGCAGUUACCCUGCUUGCUAAUGCUAGCUAGCUCCAAACAGAUCGAUACACCGGCCCACACGCUUGCUAACGAGACCUCUCCAAUAAUGACAAGGCACGGCGGCAGCGAUAAUGCCGCCUCCCCUUCCAUCAUCAUCCACGCAUCCUCCAUAGCCCUCCUCCGAGAGCGGUUCAGAAACCUGCAGAAGGUGAAGGAGAUGAGACAAGGAAGGGAGCUGCAGAGGCGGGCGCGCACCGCUCACACUACCGACCGCGCCGCCGGUCCGUCGCCGUCGCCGUCGGCUCUCAGCCUCGGCCUCCACGCCGCCAACAGCAGCACCACCCAGCAACCCAGCAGGUGGUUCUUGCACCCGGACUUGGUCCGCCCAUCGAGGCCGCUGCGCGGGCCCGCGUACCACCACCAUGGCCUUAUUAUUGCCGCCAGCGCCGUCCAGCCGCCGCCGCCGCCGAGCUCGUGGGGAGGAACGACGACGACGCAGAAUUAUUCGGGAUACCGGAGUGAUGUCGUAGUAGACGUCGAUACCUCGCUUCAUCUGUAACGUAACCUUCUAUGAUCGAGCACGUACGUACGUACGUACGGCCUCAAUCGAUCGCUGUCGUUCUUUCGUUGUUUUUUUUUUUGUAUGGCGAGCUUGUCAGUUCCGGGCAGUACUUUCUGCGGCCGGCCGGCCUUGUAACUUCUUGGGUAUUCUACUAUAUAAUUGAGGCUUCCCUAGAUAUAUUUAUCA